ACAGUUUACAUCUGGACACUUGGCAAGAUGCAUCUGAACCUGAAAUAUUUCAUUGGCCUGCUACUGGUGCUACUUUGCAGCUCUUUUGCGCUGGCCCAUCCCCAGGGACCUGGAUGCGGUCCUCCGCCAAGUGGAACCCCUCCGUCGGGCCCUCGACCAUCUGGUCCUCCACCUGGAGGUCGCUGCGGACCACCACCGUCGACCACGGCGGCGUCCACCGGUUAACUUUGUCCACCUCUGGCUUCCGACUCCAAUGCCCAUCGUAAGGCUCACUGCAACGUCACCUAGAAAUUCCUUUUGCUAAAUCUUUGUUUUUUUUGACUAUCGAAUUAAAUGAAACGUAUUUGUCUGUGUGUAUAA